UUUGUAGUUAAUCCGGUAACAUCGACUUCAGAGAAGAACUUGUCCUUCAGCAUGAGCUGUCCCAUUGGAAAUUAUAAUGGUGAUGCCCAGAGUGGUGAACGGUUGGGCUCAGAAGCCGGAAUGUUGUACGGGGACUAUCUAAUGCUUGACAAAGUCCUUAGCGCACAACGGAUGCUGUCGGUCGAAAGUAAUAAGCCAGUUCACGACGAGCAUCUUUUCAUCGUUACUCACCAAGCUUAUGAGUUGUGGUUCAAACAGAUUAUUUUCGAGUUGGAUUCGAUUCGAUAUCUGUUCAGCACGGAGCACAUGGAAGAAUCGAGAACUCUGGAAAUUUUGAAGCGUCUCAAUCGAAUCGUCUUGAUAUUGAAGCUUCUGGUGGAUCAGGUUCCUAUUCUGGAGACGAUGACUCCGUUGGACUUUAUGGAUUUUCGUGAUUACCUAUCGCCGGCUUCGGGUUUCCAGAGUUUGCAGUUCCGGCUGUUAGAGAAUAAACUCGGUGUGAAAACCGAACACCGCGUCAAGUACAAUCAGAAAUAUUGGGAAGUCUUUUCCAGCGAUCCAGCGGCGGUUGAAAAAAUCGCCGCAACCGAAAGUGAGCCGUCGUUAGCCGAUCUGGUUGAAAAAUGGCUUGAGCGUACGCCUGGAUUGGAGGAAGAUGGUUUCAAUUUUUGGGGAAAGUUUCAAGAGAGUGUGGAACAGUUGCUACUGGAACAGGAAGCAAGCGCUAUGAAAGAGGAGUACGAACAUGUGAAAAAUUAUCGUUUGAUGGACAUUGAAAAGCGUAGAGAGGUGUACAAAUCAAUUUUCGACUCAAGUGUACAUAACGCUCUGGUCACCCGCGGUGAUCGUAGAUUUACACACAGAGCUCUCCAAGGAGCUAUCAUGAUUACGUUCUACCGCGACGAACCUAGAUUUAGUCAGCCACAUCAACUCCUUAUGCUAUUGAUGGAUAUCGAUUCGCUCAUUACAAAAUGGCGUUAUAAUCACGUAAUUAUGGUACAAAGAAUGAUAGGGUCUCAGCAACUUGGCACUGGCGGUUCCUCAGGAUAUCAGUAUUUGCGUUCGACUCUCAGUGACCGUUAUAAAGUGUUUAUUGACCUCUUCAACUUGUCAACGUUCCUAAUGCCUCGCGGAUCUAUUCCACCAUUAACUGAUGAAAUGCAGAAGGCUCUAAAUCUCGCUUGGGGGUCCCCUGCACAUAGACCCCGUCAUCAGGUGAAACACCUGACAGAAAAAUAAGCAAUAAAAAAGGAUAAUGAACUAUUGAAUUACAUUUAUGACAUACUUGUU